UCUCAGUCUACAUGAUAUACCUUUUCAGGCUCUUUAAGGUUUUCUAAUUCUAUGGUGAGAUUUUUAAUUGUGAAAACAAUGGCUCUGAGUCGGUCUACAUGAUAUGGCUUUUCAGGCCCUUUAAGGUUUUCUAAUUCUAUGGUGAGAUUUUUGUGAAAACAAUGGCUCUGAGUCUGACCACAAUAAGACUCUGCUCAUGGCCAUGGCCAUCAAGGGACAGAUUUGCGACAACUUCAGCAGAGAAACACGUAUGGAAGAAGAACAGAGAGGAAAAAGAGAGGAGAAGAAGAAGAAAAGAGGGAUACUGGCAGCAGAAAUUUCAGGGGUUGUUGUCUAUUCCAUCACAAAUCGCAGAGAAACGGGCAUGGGAGGGAUCCUUCUCACAAAUCGCAGACACUCAGGAUUUUAUGUUGAACUUGGAGGAAAGAGAGGAGAGAGAAGGGAAAAGGAAGGUUGCAAGUGACAAUGAAUUGAAUUUCAGGAGCAAAUCAAGCAUGCUGAGGAAAAAUUUAACUAUCUGUGUUGCUUUUCUUUUCUCAAGGUUGAGUGAUUAUAAACUAUUUCUUUUGGUAGACUUGACCUACUUAUUCUAGUAAGGAUAUGCCAUUUGACUUUUCAGUUUAUUGCAAAUUCACUAUGAACAAUCACCAAUUUGUUGGAUCCAAAUCAGAGAAAUCCUUAGUUAAAAGGAACUCAUAAAUAUUUCAUCUUUCAUUUUUAUGCUAGAAACCUAGUCUUCUUAGGUCUUUUCUUUCGUUCUCCCAGAUAAGAUAAGAUGUCAAAUCUGGCAUCUAUGUUGAAAAUCUCAUAGAAGAGUAUAUGUGUACAAUGAAGGAUGUGACUUGAGGCUUGAUAAAGGCUUUCUAUUUUGUUAUGCUUCUUCUACUGUAAGCAUAGCAUGGAUACAUAUUGUGUUUUGGCAUUUGUGACUUUACUGAGUGAGUAUUCACAGAGAACUGUUUUUAGUAGUGUUUUUUUCUUUUUUUUUGAGAAUUGUUUUUAGUAGUGUGUUUAGAGACCUAUUAUUAACCUUUUGUUGAGAAUGAAACAAUUGAAUCAUCAUACAAACUUGCAUUGCAAAUAAAAUCAAAUAAUUUCAUUUUGUUAGGGUUUUUUUUUUUUUUUUUGUUGGGAUGAAUUUGGAUACUGAUACUUGAUUCUAAGCUAGUAGUUUUUAUUAGAUAAAUCAAGUUCAUUUUAGUGGAAAACAUCUUAAAGGGUUGUGACUGUGUGGCUAGCUUACUAAGGCCUGGUGAAUCCUUAGGUGCUGAGACAAAUUUCUUGGCCUGAUUACUAUGAACUCUUUUUUUUGUUUUGGUUUUAUGAAAUAUUUGGAUUUAUGUUUGUUUUCUUUAUUGAAAUGCAUUAUUCAUCCCAAAAAAAAAAGUUACACCCAAUAAGAGAGGAUGGAUAUUAGGUGCUUAUUUAAGCAUAUUUCCUAGUCGUGGGCUUUGUUUUCUAUCAUAUUAUUCUUCCUACAUCCCUCAUGUAGUUGAUGAUGAAGAGUAUUGAGGAGUCUCUAAUCUUUAUAAAACAAAAUGAGGGGUCAAUAAUAAAGAAUAUAAAUAAUAAAGAAUAUAGUGAGUUUUACUUAGAAAAAUAUUUAAUUAAUUCUUUAGUUGGAAUAUACCAUAAGGGCUGAUUAAUCAAAUUUAUAAAGGGCCUAUUGAGAUCCUUGGGUGAGUCUAUUGUCAUCUUACUAUAUAUAAAAGGAGAGUUUUGCCUCUGGCAGUAGAAAGGACAAACGAUAGGUUGAAAUCAAUUGUUUUUGUCUGGAGAGAGAGUUUGGGCUUUUUUGUCUCUUUUAUUUUUUUCCUAUUGUUAUCUAU